CGUUCUUUCACCGCCGCACAGUCGCACGACGCGAUUUCGUAAGUAAACAAACCGCUGUGCGCCGUCGUUGUCGUUCGCCACCGACCAAUCCGACCGCCGUCCGACCAGUCCGCCGCCGUCGGUGCGAAAGUGCAGCAGGUGUGCGCGCGCAGACGUUACUGUCGCACCAGUCCGCGAGCACCACGGAUUUCACCGGAAAAUUGUUUUGCGCUCCGUACUAUAAAUCACCUAAACGCACCGGCGACGCGCGCAUCAACGACACAUCCGGUCCGUUGCACCGGAUUUGCGGAAGAGAUAUCACGUCCGUUUUUUCCGGUCCGGGUUUUCGUCCCCGUCGGACGGCACGCGAACACCGAAAAAAUUCCCCGCGUGACGGACGGACGCCGCGAACCCGAUCCGCUCGUCCGCCGCAACGUACAACGCGUUGAAUCCCCGCGGAAACCGGUUGUACGGCACAACACGUCGAUGAACUGCAACGAUCGGUCCUACGACUACGAGUAAUAGGUUGUCAAUUGUGUCGUAGCUAUUUUAUAGCUUUGCUGAAAAUCAUUGAUGAUCGAGCAUCAUUGAAACAUAGACACUUGUGACACAAUCUUAUGAUGAGUAAUACGUACUUGUUUAUAUGAAACAUCGUUAAACAGCAGAAACUAUCUUACAAAACCAAUCCAAUAUAGAAAUUAGUUGACUGUAAACCUAUUUAAAAUGGGAUCCGCUUCUCGAAUGGUGCUCAUGCACCUUCCCAAAAAUAAUCCGAUCGACAUCUCAUUUACAGACGUCCAGUUCACUGUAGAAAUUGGGGCGCUGCGAAGAGAAAAAAAACAAGUACUUAAAGGCGUUUCUGGACGCUUCAACUCGGGCGAAUUGACUGUUAUCAUGGGCCCUUCUGGUGCCGGAAAAUCUACUCUUCUCAAUAUUCUUACUGGAUUUCAACGCAAAGGAAUGGUUGGAGAAGUGAGAACAAACCGAGUUGAUGAUCAUGAAGAUCUACUUUUAAAUAAUGAUCUAAGAAAAAAAAUUAACCAGGGUCGCACUAUGUGCCGAAAAGAAUCCUGUUACAUAAUGCAAGAUGACCAGCUGUGUCCACUUUUUACUGUUUUAGAAAUUAUGAUGAUGGCAGCUGAUCUUAAACUUGGAUACACACUAUCCUAUAAAUCGAAAGUACUAGUAAUCGAGGACAUCCUCGACAGCAUCGGACUCUCGGGCAGCCUUCACACCAGGUGCGGUAGACUAUCAGGCGGACAGAAGAAACGUUUGUCCAUUGCUCUCGAACUUAUUGACAAUCCACCGAUUAUGUUUCUCGAUGAACCCACCACUGGUUUGGAUAGUACGAGUUCGCAUCAGUGUGUUUCGAUUUUAAAAGGUUUGGCCAAAGGCGGCCGGACGGUAGUUUGCACGAUUCAUCAACCCAGCGCUAGUACUUAUGAAAUGUUUGACCACGUUUAUAUUAUGGCCGAGGGGUACUGUGUCUAUCAAGGUUCUAGUCAGAACACAAUACCAUAUUUGCAAACAAUAGGCCUUAACUGUCCACAAUACCACAACCCGGCAGAUUUCAUAAUGGAAGUAGUUACUGGAGAAUACGGAAACUUUACUUCUCAACUCAGAACAGCAGCUAUUGAUGAAGCAUGGAGGACACAACCUCAAAUCGACAAUUCACAUAUAUUAUUAAAAAGAAAAUCUAAGAAUCCAGGUCCAACUUCAUUGGUCUUGGUUAAUCAGCCCUCCGAAUUUAAUAAAUUAUUAGUACUUAUACACAGAUCUUUAAUGCAGGUCUACAGAGAUUGGUCGGUUACACAUGUAAAAAUAUGUAUGCAUUUCCUCGUAGGUAUAUUACUGGGACUUUUGUUCGAAAACGCUGGUAUUGAUGGUGGCAAAACUUUCAAUAAUAUUGGAUUUUGUAUUGUAACUCUUGUCUAUUUGAGCUAUACAUCAAUUAUGCCAGCUAUUUUAAAAUUCCCGUCUGAACUAAAUAUUCUUAGAAAAGAAUUAUUUAAUAACUGGUACAAACUGUCCACAUAUUUUAUAGCAUUUCUUAUCACAAACAUGCCAUUACAGAUGAUAUUUUGUUUUAUUUAUACAUCAAUUUCUUAUUACUUGUCUGCGCAAUUGCUAACAUGGACAAGAUUCUUAAUGUUCUUGGUUGUAUGCCAGUUAAUGACUCUAAUAUCCGAAGGUAUUGGACUUAUCCUCGGGACAGCUAUGGCACCAGUGAACGGAGUUUUCGUUGGUUCAAUCAUUACUUGUUUGUGUAUUCUUUUUGCUGGUUUCUUGGUACUAUUUAAUCACAUGCCUGUGGUUUUGUACUACGUGUCUUACAUCAGCUAUAUGAAAUAUGCACUUGAAGGGCUGGUUGUAUCCAUCUAUGGUUAUGGUCGUGAACCUUUAGAAUGUCUAAAUGAAGAAGGUUAUUGCCAUUAUCGUUUCCCUGAAACAACAUUCAAAGAAAUUGGUAUGACCGAUGGGAAAUAUUGGUCAGACAUAUCAGUGAUGGUCGGUUUUUUAGUUGUUAUUAUAAUAAUUAGUUUUUAUACUUUAAAAAGAAGUUUAAAAUGUCGUUAA